UCCAACCACUGAACUCUGCACAAAUUUGUCUCCCCUGUUCUUAUACAUCCAUUUCCAGAAAUCUAUCCACCAAUACCCAUUGCACAAAAGAGUACGACUCUGCUUUGUCUCUCUGACAGACUGAAAUUUUCUCACAAUCCAGAACCCACCUCUUCUCCUCUCCGUCGUCGAAACAUGGUGGCCAUGAGUUCUCUGACUCCAUGGACUGCAGCAACAUCCUCCCCUCUCACCACUUCACCCCCUUCCUCUCGCUCCAACUUCCCAAAGCACCUUCCAUUUCCGUCAUCGUCUCCACCUUGCCUCAUCUUCCGAUGCCAGAGCCAGAACCUCACCCAAGACCACCAGUUCGUCCUCCACGACGCCCUCGACGCUUCUGGGUUCGACACCCACCAUGCCCGGGCGGCGAGAGACAGUUUCUGCUCUCAGAUUAGUCGGUUGUCGAGUUUGGAGAGGGAGACUAGCAUUUGCAUUAACAAGGAGUUGACUUGGGGACAACGGCCCUCCACAUUGCUGCCGAAGAUCAUAACCUCGUAUCUCAAUCUUCAGAGGCAUUCCCGGUCGACGAGUUCGUUGAUAGGUUGGAUGAUGUCUCAAUGGGCUGCUUGUCUCGCUGCAGUUCUUCCUUCAGAUCGUCUCCUGAGGAUUUUCUUGGCAGCCUGGAGAGAUACUUGUAUGGCUACAUGGGUUUCCGGAGAGCCACUGCCAGGAACCAAUCAGAGACACAAGCUUUAUAUCUUGAUUCAGUUUUGACACAUCGUUCAGGUUCUGUUGUUAUGCUUUCGCUCAUCUACUCAGAAAUCUUAAAAAUGGUACGCAUGUGGGACCUUUUGAACUUCGAUGUAGAGAUUUACUUCCCUCAUGAUCUUGUUAGUCUUCCUAGAGGCUAUCAGAAACAAAAAAGCAAGGUGGCUGACCAAUCACAUAUAAUGACUUCACAGUCACUCCUAGCGGAGGUCUUGAGAAAUCUGAAGGAAGCUUUUUGGCCAUUCAAGUAUGAUCAUACCAUGAGUCUGUUUUUAAGAGCAGCCCAUGCAGCUAACUGCAUUGGUAGACCAAGCAUUCUGGAACAAAGAAGUGGUGGCAUUGAGAUUGCAUCAGCUAAAGCUAUUAAACAUAAGGCCGAAUAUGGAGUCUGGAAUGGAGAUAUGCGCUGUGCAUUGUCAGCCUGUGAGCGUCUUAUUCUACUGGAGUCUGGUUCCAAUGAAUUAAGAGAUUACAGUGUUCUUCUUUAUCACUGUGGGUUUUAUCAGGAAUCUCUGCAUUACCUCAAGUUGUAUCAAUCCUUAAGGAAUUCUUGCAUACAAAAGCAAUCUUCCAAUGCAUCAAGAAACCUGGAGGAAGAUGAAGUGGAGAAACUGAUGAUUCGUCUUAAUCUCAUUUUGAUGGAGCAAGGCUGGACCAGGUCAUCGUGUGUUGCAUAAAAUACUUGUUUUUGCAACUGCAACAUCUACGCAAGUCAGAGUAGAAGAUGAUCUUCUUUAUUUUAAUGAGAAGGAUCAAAUUGUCAUAUCGAUAGAUUGAAUUUUAUAUUCUAAUUCUUAUGUGCAGUGACCUCUUGAGAGUUGCAGGAAAAUUAACAUUGAAUGUAUACGGGACCUUGGGAUGAAUUAUUUGUACCCAUAAUGCAUGUAUUAUACCACUUAUUUCUUACA